AAAAGGCAGCGUCGCGUCACUUCCGCUAGAAACAAAGAUGGAGAACGGUAUGAAGCUAAGCCUGUGGGAGAAUGGACCAAAACCCGGACAAUUUUACACUCUGUCCGGCAGCAGCAGCGGUCUGGGCUCGACAUGUGGUCCAGUUAGACACACACUGAACCCAAUGGUGACCGGGACGUCGGUUCUAGGUGUCAAGUUUAAUGGUGGUGUCUUGAUUGCGGCAGACAUGUUGGGUUCAUAUGGCUCUCUGGCUCGGUUCAGGAACAUCUCCCGUCUUAUGAAGGUGAACAACAGUACCAUCCUUGGAGCAUCAGGGGACUACGCCGACUACCAGCACCUGAAGCAUGUCAUUGAGCAGAUGGUGAUUGACGAGGAGUUGCUGGGCGACGGUCACAGCUACAGUCCAAAGGCGGUUCAUUCCUGGUUGACCAGAGUGAUGUACAACCGGCGCAGCAAAAUGAACCCUCUGUGGAACACUGUCGUCAUCGGAGGCUUCUACAAUGGCGAGAGUUUCCUUGGUUAUGUUGACAAACUGGGCGUGGCCUACGAGGCUCCCACGGUGGCCACAGGCUUCGGAGCGUAUCUGGCUCAGCCGCUAAUGAGGGAGGUGGUAGAGAACAAAACAGACAUCAGCCAGCAGGAGGCGCGGGAGCUGGUGGAGCGGUGCCUCAAAGUGCUGUACUACAGAGACGCUCGAUCCUACAACAGAUAUGAGAUCGGCAUAGUAACCGAAAAUGGUGUGGAAAUCCUUGGUCCUCUGUCUUCUGAAACCAACUGGGACAUUGCUCACAUGGUCAGUGGCUUUGAAUAAAGAUGGGCAGUAUCUGAUCAAGAUUAGCUGCAACCCUUCCCACCGACUCUUCUUUCUGUUUAUUUUUUUCAUCUGUAAACUUUACUCUUUUGUAAAAUGGCAAAUAAAUGUCCUAAGACAAUAAAAGUGAUUGGGAUUUGG